CCUCGUUGGCUAGAUCAAGAAGGACGGAUGAGAGCGCCGAUUCUCAUUCGUCAUAACAUUUAGUAAACAUUUAAGACGUCCUGAAAAAGCGAAAUAGCAGAGCCUCUUUCUGCCCAUCCGACUCGACACUGCGCCGUCAAAGCGCGUUAGCUCGGCUCGCUGUGAAGCUAACACCGGAAGUUAGCAUCACAUGCUAAAGCAGCGAGCCCAGCUGCGAGUGUCGUUGUUGUGUCCAAAAUGUGCAAAGUCCGAAAGCUGCGGGCGUUGGUGAACGAACGACUCACCGCUGCCGUGGAGGAAAUUUUGGUAGCGUUUGAAAGAACCAUAGCAGAGUACGAGGAGGAACUUUGUCGGUCGAAGGAGGAGAUCGAGCGUCAACGUCAGCUACUGGACGCCUUCUCAAAGCCUCGUUUAAACACAGCAGAAUAUGUUCCUCCUGUGCAGCAGCAGAAGGAGCCAGAGCCCCUCAACAUUAAAGAGGAAGAUAAUUUUGGAGUGCUGGAGGAGGCCGAUAUCAGCGCUUUUCAUGUGAAGAGUGAAGAUGAGGAGGAAGUAGAGCAAGCCGAGUGGUCACAGCUUCAUCGUCGUUGCGGUGAGGAGGAGACGAGGCAUCACAUGAAGACAGAAGGUGAUGAUGACGGAGCAGAAGGAGACGGCGCUCCGCUGUCAGACUGCGAGGACGCGACGACGACUGACACCGAUGAGAGCGACGACACGGAAGAAGCCUUCAAGAACAACGACGAUUCCAAAGGGGAGAAGACAUUCGUCUGCUCUUUCUGCAGCAAAAACUUCAACCGCAAGGACAGUUUCAUCAGACACAUCCGAGGGCACACUGGAGAAAAACCUUUCAGCUGUUCCAUCUGCAGCAAAAGUUUCAAAUAUCGCUACGAAAUUAGCAGGCACAUGAAAAUCCACACAGGGGAAAAACCCUUCAGCUGCUCAGUUUGCGGGAAAACCUUUGGUCGCCGGGAGCACUUGCUCUCGCACAUGAGGAGUCACACGGGGGAGAAACCUUUCAGCUGCCCGGUUUGCAGUCGAGGGUUUAGCCAGCGGUCGCACUUGGCCGCGCACUCCCGCACGCACACCGGAGUGAAACCUUUUCCCUGCACGGUGUGCGGGAACACGUUCUCGCUGAAGUGCGUUCUGAUUGCGCACAUGAGAACACACACGGGAGAGAAACCGUUCACAUGCACAGUUUGCGGCAACAAGUUCACACGCAAGAGGCAUUUGCUGAUGCACGUGAGACGACACACUGGGGAAAAAAGCGCUCCGAUGCAGCGUGCGUCUUUAAAGAUUGCCACUGAUCCAGAUUUAGUCAACACGACUUGAAAUGAACUCAAAAUCUAUUUUUACUUUUCACAACACAAACUUCACCCAGUUAGGAGCGAAUCCUUUUUUUUGUACAUGUAUUCAACACUUUGGAAUCAAAUAAACAUAUCUUCUUUCUUCUGCUCAAGUAAAAUAUUAGAAAAAUGUGUGUUUGAUAGAAUCAUGACCUUUAUAGUAUGGCAUAAUAUACCAUACCGUAUGGUUUAUGUGUUUUGGAUAAUGCUUAACAUUACAUUAAGGACCACCACAUGCCGAAAUAGAACAAAGAAAUAAAGAUGUUAAAAUCAAAAUUAAAUAAGAGUAAAUAAAAAAUUGCAUUGAAUGUAGAAGUAAAGAUCAAUCAGUUUUACGUAAAAAAAAAAUAAAUACUGGGUUUUGUUUUAUUUUGCAAAAUUGUACAUUUUUCAAGUAAAGCAUACUCCAGGGGUGUCCACACUUUUUCAGCCGAGGGCCGCAUACUGAAAAAUGAAAGGAUGCGGGGAUCGUUUUGACAUUUUUUAAAUGUUAUUUUAUAUAAAAAAAAAACAAACAGUGCAUGUCAGUGUUGUGUCAGUGGUGACAAAGCGUAUUCAACAUUCAAGAGUUUUAUUGUCACGUGCAUAGUAAAACAGGUGGUUCUGCUAUGCAAUGACAUUCUUGUUCGGUUCAUUCUCCCCCCAAAAAAGAA